UGGAAAUAUAUUUUGCACAACUUUAUAAUCUAUAUCAAAGCACUUACUUUCUUAAGAAAAGGAGAAGGAAAGGAAGGACAGGAUUUGGAACUCAAAAAUUAUGUAAAAUGAAUGUUAAAAUGUGUUUUAACAUAUUUAACAUGUAUUGGACUACCUGCUAUCUAGAGAAGGGAGAGAGGGAGAAGGAGGGGAAAUUUUGGAAUAAAUGGUUUUGCAAGGGUCAAUGUUGAAAAAUAAGCCCAUACAUAUGUUUUGUAAAUAAAAAGCUAUAAUAAUAAAAUAAAUAAAUAAAAUGAAUGUUAAAAGUUGCUUUUACACAUAAUUGAAGAAAAAAAUAAAAUAAAAACACUAUUUUUUUUUAAAGAUUAUAACAUGAUGCCUUCUUUUCUCCAAUAUUUAGAAAGAUUUUUGUGGCAUAGGGUUUAGACUUUUGUAGAGUUCAUUUGUAAAUUCAUCUGGAUAAAUCUUUUAUGAAGAGCUAGGAGACACUUGAGGUUCCCAGAGCGUCACCUGGCAUUGCUGGGGUGUCCUGAGGAAGGAUACCCCCCACCUUCUAAGGGAACGCUUCCAGGGGCGGGGCAGCAGGAAGCAGCUCCUCCCCAAGACCUUACGUUCGAGGAGCAUGCUAAGGAGAGUAGGGGCGGGGCAAAAGCCGGAGCUAAGCUAGGCCCGAGCUGGGCGGGCCAUGGAUUCUUCCCCAGUCCUUCAGUGACAGAGGCGGGGUCUUCGCUCAGCUCUCGGAACCUCCCAGAGAAGACGCUUUGUUCGGCCUCCUCGGAGCCCUGCCUCGGUCGGAGGAGCAUCCGAGAGAAGCCCGAUGGAGCAUCCCAGUCAGAAGCAAGCGCCUGCUCCAUCCGCAGUCUGAAGUCACAGCGGCCCUCGUCGGGUUCCUCUCCCCCACCUCGUCCCCUCCUCUCCCGGCCGCUCUCCAUCUCCGCACCCUCCUUCCCUGCCUCCAUCCCUGUCUCCAUCCCUGCCCUUUAUCCCAUCUGAGGGACUUUCAUCCCCUAACCUUCUGAUCCGCAGUUGCUUCUGUAAACGUCCCCACGCCCUCCCUGCUCCAUUCCCAGCCUCCCGCUAUAACCAGCCGCUCCCUUCGUCCCCUCUCCUGGUCCCAGCUCAACCUCUCCCCGCUUCCUUCAGUCCCCAUCCCUCUUUCAGCUCCUCUCUCCCUCAACUUCUUCCAUCAGCCUCCACCCGCCCACCACUCCCGUUCCAUUUCCGACUCCCCUCUCCAUUUCUCCUCCGGCCACCUAAGAGCAUCUCUCCAAGGUCCUGUCCGUCGGAGCCCAUGCCCUGUGCCUUCAGGAUGCUCCCCUGACCACUCAGUCUCUAUGGUCUUGACGCUGCUCUUCUCCGCCUACAAACUCUGCCGCUUCUUCACCAUGUCGGGCCCGGAGCGGUUGUCAGUGCCCGUGCCCAGGAGCACAGGAGGCAGCUGGUGGGCGAUGGGUGGUGGGAUUGUCCGGGAGGUAUCGCCGGGGGCCAACGUGGAGGUGCAGGGCGCCCUGGAGCGGGUGCUGCCCGAGCUGCAGCUGGCACUGUCGGGACUCAAGCAGGCGGGCAGCCCGGAAGCGGUGGGCAUUGGGCUGUCCGAAGUGUUCCAGCUAGUGGAGGAGGCGUGGGUCAUCCCUACCGUGGGACGGGAGGUGGCCAAGGGACUUUGUGAGGCCAUCCGCCUGGAGGGGGGCCUCGACCUCCUGCUACAGCUGCUGCAGGCAUCGGAACUGGACACCCGAGUGCUGGCCGCUCAGUUGCUGGAACAGAUCCUGGUAGCUGAAAAUAGGGACCGAGUGGCCCGCAUCGGGCUGGGCGUCAUCUUGAACCUGGCCAAGGAGCGGGAGCCACUGGAGCUGGCGCGAAGCACGGCGGGCAUCCUGGAGCACAUGUUCAAGCACUCGGAGGAGACGUGCCAGCGGCUGAUCGCGGCGGGCGGCCUGGACGCCGUGCUCUUCUGGUGCCGCCGCACGGACUCGGCGCUCCUGCGCCACUGUGCCCUGGCGCUGGCCAACUGCGCGCUGCACGGCGGCCAGGCGGCCCAGAGGCGCAUGGUGGAAAAGCGCGCCGCCGAGUGGCUGUUCCCGCUGGCCUUCUCCAAGGAGGACGAGCUGCUCCGGCUCCACGCCUGCCUGGCUGUGGCCGUGCUGGCCACCAACAAGGAGAUCGAGCGCGAGGUGGAGCGUUCCGGCACCCUGGCCCUCGUGGAGCCCCUGGUGGCUUCCCUGGACCCCGGGCGCUUCGCCCGCUGCCUGGUGGACGCCAGUGACACGCGCCAGGGCCGCGCGGCCGAUGACCUGCAGCGCCUCGUGCCCCUGCUGGACUCCUCGCGCCUGGAGGCGCAGUGCAUGGGGGCCUUCUACCUCUGCGCCGAGGCCGCCAUAAAGAGUCUACAGGGCAAGACUAAGGUGUUUAGUGAGAUUGGAGCCACACAGAGCCUGAAGCGUCUGGUUUCCUAUUCCACCAAUGGCACCACAUCAGCAUUGGCCAAGCGGGCACUGCGCCUAGUUGGUGAGGAGGUGCCCCGGCGUAUCCUGCCUUGUGUGCCCAGUUGGAAGGAGGCUGAGGUACAGACUUGGCUCCAGCAGAUUGGCUUCUCCAAGUACUGUGAGCGCUUCUGGGAGCAACAGAUAGAUGGAGACCUGUUGUUGCGUCUGACAGAGGAAGAGCUCCGAGACGACCUGGGAAUGGAAUCUGCCAUCACUCGCAAGAGAUUCUGCCGGGAGCUCACAGAACUGAAGACCUUUGCAAACUACUCAACGUGCGAUCGCAGCAACCUUGCAGACUGGCUGGGGAGCCUGGACCCCCGAUUCCGCCAAUAUACCUAUGGGCUGGUGAGCUGCGGGGUGGACCGCACACUGCUGCAUCGGGUCUCUGAGCAACAGCUCCAGGAGGACUGCGGCAUCCACAUAGGUUUCCACCGGGUUCGGAUCCUCACUGCCGCCCGUGAGAUGCUUCACUCACCCCUGCCUUGCAGUGGCUGCAAAUCCAGCAGUGAGAGCCCCGAUGUCUUCAUCAGUUACCGCCGGAGCUCGGGCUCCCAGCUCGCCAGCCUUCUGAAGGUACACCUGCAGCUGCACGGAUUCAGUGUCUUCAUCGAUGUGGAAAAGCUGGAGGCCGGCAAGUUUGAGGACAAGCUGAUCCAGAGUGUCAUGGGAGCCCGGAACUUUGUGCUGGUACUGUCCUCCGGAGCGCUGGACAAAUGCAUGCAAGACCACGACUGCAAGGAUUGGGUACAUAAGGAGAUUGUGACUGCACUAAACUGCGGGAAGAACAUAGUGCCUGUGAUGGACGGCUUUGUGUGGCCUGAGCCUCAGUCACUGCCUGAGGAUAUGCAGGCUGUUCUCAAGUUCAAUGGCAUCAUGUGGUCCCACGAAUACCAGGAGGCCACCAUCGAGAAGAUCAUCCGCUUCCUGCAGGGCCGUUCGUCCCGGGAUUCCUCAGCUGGCUCUGACAACAGUCUAGAAUGUGCCGCCUCCUUGGGCCAAAGCUAGACACCCCCUUCCUCUCAGCCUUGUCCCCCUUACCCCCACCUCCAUUAGUCCCUGACUCUCCCAAACUCUCCCUCCUGAACGAGCUGGAACCUUGACUCUUGGGGUGGGUGUGGGGGAGCCCCACAUCUUGGGGCGGGGGACAGAUGGACCACUCUUCCUCUACCCCACCGUACCCUUUUUAGCAAUGACUUCGGGCUGGGAACAAGUCAACCAGAAAGGCAACAGGGAAGAUGAGGUCUCUCCCUUCCAGAGCCUCAGUGAAGAACUGGGAGAGCUCGAGAUCCUCUCCCUCGGUCUCCAUUAGUUGCUAAUAAUGGACCCUCACACCCUGAAAGGACUAGGAGGAGCUUAGUGACUCCCAGGUGAGCCUUCUGUUCUCGUGUCCCAGUAGACUCAAUGUAGCUCAUUUAGGAGCUCGGGCCGCCAUCCGAAGCCAUCGCCUCACCCUGACUGAGGGCUUCUCCAGGGGCACCGGCGGGCACCGAGCUCUGGGUAUCACCAGGGGUCCGAGUGCCCGCUAAUGGGAGAGUGAGGAAAGGCAGCUACAUGUCCUUACUCGUAUUUAUUUCUAUCAUUGUUUAAGGUGGCAGGAGCAAUAGGUGUGCAAUUCCCCGGCUCACCCCAGUUAGCAAAUCAUAUGGUGGCAAAACCGGGAAUCACCCGGGCCGGAGCAAAAUCUGAAAGGAGGCCCUGGAAGGUGACUCAGUAACUCGUCUUCACCACUGAGCCCAACUUGCUUCUGAGGCUUCCUCUCCCCUACCCCCUUUCUCGUACUGUAAUGGGCACUUCACCUUUCAACCCUGUGGCCUUUUUAAUUAACCACUCUGUGCUCUUAAUGCUCCCCUCCCCAAUUUCUGGGCCCCCAGCACACUCCCCGCGGAAUAUCUUGGUGAGUCCAGUUUCUAAUUACCGAGCAUCAGGCUGGGGGAUGUAAAGCCAUUCCUGGAUUCGGCCCUAAUUCCCAGUUCUCAGGAAGGGGAGUCGGAGAAGGAAACCCCAACACUCCCAGAGGCAGAGUAGGCUCAGGGGCUGCCAUUGCUCCAGCUGGGGCAGAGUAUGGCAAAAGAUAGUACCCUCCAGGAGGGCAGAGGAGCCCAAAGACAGGGGCUGCCCUGUUUCCUAGGACCUCCAGCUCUAAGCCAAUCAAUCAGCAAGCAUUUAUCAAGCCAGUGCUAUGCUAGCAUUUUGGAUGCAAAGACCAAAAAUAAGAAAAAGAAAAAAGAAAAGAAACAUUUUCUGACUUCAAGAAGCUUAGAAACCUUUGGCUGCCUCCUCCUCCCAAAACGAGUCAUAACAUGAUUGGGAUAGAAGGAUCCUGAAACUCUUGGUCCAGUCCCUUCAUUUUGUUUUGUUUUUUUUUUUUUUUACCUAAUUGGUUUCAUUAACAAGCAUUUAUUUUUCCUCCUACUCCCACCUCCAUUGGGGAAAAAACCAAAACCGUUGUUUUUUUCAACACCAAAUUCUUGUGGAAAAUGUACAUAGUCAGGGCAGCUAGAUGGCACAGUGGAUAGAACACCAGCCCUGAAGUCAGGAGGACCUGAGUUCAAAUUUGACCUCAGACACUUAAUACUUCCUGGCUGUGAGACCCUGGGCAAGUCAAGUCACUUAACCCCAAUUGCCUCAGCAAAGAAAAAAAAAAUUUAUAUAUAUAUAUAUAUAUAUAGUCAAGUGAAACAAAUCUCCCAAUUUCCUUCAUUUUAUAGAUAAGGAAACUGGACCCUAAAAGUCACACAUUUAACAAGGGACUGACCCCAGAAGACUCGGCUUAUUUGUGUCCUCAAUGCUUGGCAUAGUAAGCACUUAAUAAAUGCCUGUUGACUGGCUGACUGAGAAUCCUGGGCUAUCUCCACUGAGCCCAUCCGUCUGCCAGCUGCAGAUAUCUGCGCUCUUGAGAGCCAUCACCCAAUCAACGCUGCUCCUCCACUUCUAAUCUAGUAACAGGCGGUUGUGAGCGCCUUUCCUCUCCCUCCCCUCCGUCCCAUGUCCCUUCAGGCCAUGUUUCUCCACACCCAGGUCUGGCCAUCUGUACCAGGAAAGGGAAGGAAGUCUUCCCAGCACAACUAGCCUUGAACCUCCUGUAGCUGCUGGGAAAGCCAGUGACUCAUUAUCGACCAAGAGCAGGGCCCUAAAGCUGGAACUGAGUGUGUAGGAAAUGGACUUCUGGCGCAGUAAGUUAUGGUUUCUCGGGCCCAGCAUAUCGGGUGUUAAUAUGCAAUUUUAACAGUUUUGACUCCUGACAGAUAUUACCCGGCUGGCCAUGACCCCUGCCUGGCCAAUCACAAAUUGUUACUUGGCAACUAGACAGCAGAGAUCCUCAAUUUCCUCUCCUCCACCCUUAAUAUUAUAUGGGCAUAUAUACAGCUAAAAAUAUAUAUGUAUAUACAACCUGGUUCACUCAAGCAGGAAAUAAGAUCUGGACAGCAUGUGAGUUUGGAGUGCUUGCUCUGUUCUUCCCCAUUAAAGUUCUAGUGACGCAGGCCUAACAAGGUGGUGACAGCAGGUGAUACGUGCACAGACCUAGGAAUCCAUGGACAGACACUGAUCCUGAGCCCUCCCCUGAAAGCACUCUGGCAACUUGCUGAGAUUGUUUUGAAUUCCUCAACUGGUCAAAAGCAUUCUCUGCUUCUCUGUCUCUGGUUUUGUCUGUCUGUGUGUGUCAGUCUCUCUCUGUCUCUGUCUUUUUUUGUUAGUCUCUCUGUUUCUCUGACUAUAUCAUUCUUUCUCUCUCUGGCUGUCUCUAUCUUUCUGUUUCUCUGUUUCUUUCUGUCUGUUUUUCUGUCUCUCGGACUUGGCCCAAGAAUAUUAGGGUCACUACUCAGGUUUUAGCUGUGUCCCGAUCAACUGGAAGGUGCUGAUUUGUCCGACUUAUUUGGGGUUCUCUUGACAAAGGUCCUGAAGUGGUUUAUCAGUUCCUUCUUCAGCUCAUUUUGCGGUUGAAAAACAGGCAAAUAGGGUGGCUUGACCAGGUAUAGGAAGUAUCUGAAGCCGGAUCCACCACACGACCCAGCUAAGCCCAAGAACUCUGGGAUUCUGGUUGCCCAGAAUGGUAGGUUUGCUUGCGCAGUCUCCAUCAGUAAUUUGGGGACUCAAAAAGGGGUCCCGGGAAAGGAUUCCCUCUGGCCUCAGAGACAACAAUGAAAGCAGCCUCUCCUCCCAAAGUUGCAGAAUUGAACCUUGCAGCUUCUCAGAGCUCUACUCCUUUCCACUAAAGAAAAACUAUCCAUCUCCUCCAAACAGACCUAAUCUGCAGCCCCCCAAGAAUUCACUUCUCCUGUUCAAGUCACUCUGGUCACCAUCCAGACGCCCCUCUCUUGCCUGGACCUCCUCUUCCCACCCCCUGAGCUCUUUCCCUGGAAAAACAGAGUCAAAGCAAAGUUAACUAGUCCACUGAGGACCAGAUGAACUUCUGGGAUUAGAGGCAACUGUCAUAUCCAGGAUCAGUGAAGCUGGAGGGAAUGAGAGAUGGGGCUCAAGUCCACGAGCCGGAGCUAUCUGGACCAUUGGCGAUGGGGGCAGCCGGUGAACGGGUCUUUCUCGUCCAAACCCAACCCUCGCCUGGGGGCAAACUGCUGAUCUGGGCCACUGCCGCUGCAGCCGCCAGCUGGGAGGGAACUUUGGUCUGCUCACCUUUGGACCAAGCACCAGCAUGGGAGGUAUCUGUCCCUGAGGGGCAGGGCUCAGGAACUGGCCUUUACUCUUCGCAAACCGGGUGUCUGCAUUUGGACGUUUGGUUCCUGCUGAAAUGACAUUGGUAAGAAUCCAGGAUCAUCAUGGUAACCCGGGCUCCAGCCUAUGAGUCAGCAGCCCUGGAAGACUAAGAGCAAACUGAAGAAAUAUCAUGAAGAGUCCAGUGAGGUCCCACUCAAACCUCCAUGUCCUUUCUCUAGUCACCCCCAAAACCUGACUCUGACACUUAACUGUGUGACCCUGAAUAAGGCACUUUAACUCUCCAAACUUCAGUUUUCUCAUCUGUAAAAUGGAGUUUGACAAGGAGUUCUAAAUUUGUGAUCUCAGGAAUACUUAGCUCCUUACUAACCUGAGACCCCCAACAACCAUGGAGAAAGGAGGAAGGGAAGGCUGAGUUAAAAGUUUGAAGUUAAUGCCAUAGCCCAUAGUCAUUCAAGGGCCUGGAUCCCUACAAUGACUCCAAAGAGCACAGGGACACAAAGGUGACUUCCCUUCAUUGGAUGACCCUGAUCUGGGAUGUUGUAGAGGAGACUAUUGUUCACUUAGAGAUCAGAUAAAGAAAAAAUUCACUAUCAGCCCCAAGACGCCCAAGAGACAAAUCGGGAAGGUUGAUGGAAGGAAAGAGAGGAUCAACUUCAAGGCACCUCGCUUGGGCUCAGUGGGCUCAUAUUUUUCCAAUGAGCUGCUACCCUCUGAUCUCUGAAGAGCGGUUUACAUUAGUGACUGGACACCCAUCGUUGGUCGGGGGGUUCCACGUUGGGUUAGCAGUGAUAUACUUAAGCCCGGUCACUGGAGAGAUCUCAGGCUGAGCAAAUGAUAAUAAAUCAGCAAUUUAUGGACUGGCUGGGAGCGUGCAAAGCCCUGGGUACCCACAGAGCACAUUUAAGAAUCAGGCAUCUGUUGAGACAGCUUUGUUCUCCAUCCAAAGUCACUGCCCUCCCAACUCUAGGUCCCUGUCCAACUGGUCACCAUCCUGCUCAGUAUUAAACAUUGACUGAAUACCCACAGAGUACACGAUCCUGGACCGAGCACGUUAUGGGGUACAUGGGGCUCUGGUUAGACAUGGUAUCUGCCUGUUGAGAGGUCAACUGAACUAGUCACAUAAAGAGAGGAGAGUUCUGAAUUCCGAGGAGGCAGCCAGCCCUGGAGUUCCUGAAGGUUCUCCCGCGUUCAGGUUGCUUCCAUUCACCUGCUCUGAGGCCAUGGGAUCCCAGGAAAAAAAGCCAUCAAAAUAUCAAAUAAUACUUUCAACUUCUCUAAAAGCCAUAAUAUAAAGGGCAUUGAAAGCACCCUCUCCCAGGUUAAGCCUAAAUCUCUCCCUUGGCCUAUCCUGGUGAAUGAACAAAAAGCAUCUGUUAAGCAAUGAUGUACCGAGCAGCCGGGGUACAGACUCAAGGGGCAAGACUAGGGAUUAGAACCCCAGGCUCCUGAACCCUCAAUGUGGUUUUUCCAUUACAUCACACUGGCCACCUUUUAGUCUUCCGCGGAUUUCUAACCUCAAUGACAUAAGGCAGCCCAUCCACAUCCUCCAUGAUUCUUAUCCAUGUCCUCCCAUCAGUCCUCCACAGAGGAUCUUCCAACAUGUUAGCGGUCGUCCACUAGGGCUCUCCAUAGCUAGGGGUACCCAGACAGCUCUGGGCUUGUCCUGCCAUUUCUCGCUUUUGUCACACCUCCUUUCCCAACCACACGUUGCAUGAAGGCUCUCUGUUAUGAAAGUCCCUGCCCGCAAGUCGUUACCAAUAAAUGCAUGUUGAUUGACUCAUCA